UUCAAGUCCAUAAUUUGUUUCAUUUCACCCCUCGUUGAGCAAUUGAAAACCACACAAUGCCGCUAUUUAUGGUCUAUAUCUUUCAGUUUAUCUUAUUAUCAUUCCCUAAUGCAAUUUUGUCCUUUGAAGGGAAUUCUGAAAGCAAAAUAGUAGUGCUAAAGUCCUUCAAGCUUUCUCUUCCACCAAACACUACAGGCCCUGAGUCACUUGCUUUUGAUCGUUCUGGUUCUGGUCCUUAUACUGGAAUCUCCGACGGUAGAGUCCUAAAAUACAAUCCUAAGUCAGGAACUUUUGCAGAAUUUGCCACAGUUUCAUCCAACAGGUCUAGGGCACUAUGCGAUGGUAAAAGUAAUCCAGCAUUGGAACCCAUGUGUGGGAGACCACUAGGUUUGGGAUUUGAUAAAUAUGGUACUCUUUACAUAGCAGAUGCAUAUUUCGGGCUUUUGGUGGUGGGUCGCAAUGGAGGGGUUGCCACCCAGCUUGCGACAAGUGCAGGAGGUUUUCCUUUCCGUUUCCUGAAUGCUUUGGAUAUUGAUCCGGAAACUGGCAUUGUCUAUUUCACUGAUGCUAGUGCACGAUUUCAAAGACGUCAAAUAAAUGAGGCAAUCCUUAAUCGAGACAUGACAGGAAGGUUACUCAGUUACGACCCAAGAAGCAAAGAGGUGAGAGUGUUGCUAAAAAAUCUUGAAAUAGCAGUUGGUGUUGCAGUAAGCAAAGGUGGCAAUUUCGUCCUUGUUUCCGAGUUUUUGUCAGAUAGAAUUCUAAGACUUUGGCUCAAAGGUCCCAAAGCUGGUGCUUCAGACAUUUUUGCUAGACUCCCUGCACCAGAUAACAUUAAAAGGAAUCCCAGAGGAGAAUUUUGGGUUGCCGCAAAUAUUGAAAUAGCUUAUGAUCGCGAUCUUUUAUGGUCCGCUAGAGAAGAAGAACAGAAACAAUCUGUGCCUUUAGGCAUAAAGCUCAGUGAGGAAGGCAAUGUGUUGCGGAUGGUGACAAUUGACGCAGGAAAAACUACGGAGUACUCUGUCAGUGAAGUUCAAGAGUCGAAUUCCGGAUUAUAUCUUGGGUCUGUCAUUAACAAUUAUGUUGUUGCUACUCUUAAUUAAUCUAUAAUAUUAUAAACUUUAAUAUUGCUUAACUACUUAAUAUAUGGUUUACUUAUAGCCACAUAUGUUACCAGCUUGGGCCGCAUUAUGUGUACGGAAUAAGAGUAUACUGCUCAUAUGGUUAUUAAUUUAAGGAAAAAAGUA